UUCAGAAACCUUCUUGAAACAAUUUUCCUACUUGCUCCUAUCUGGUGACUAAGGGAAUUACUAAGACUCUUCUCGUUCAUUUCUGAGUAUUGUCUGAACUAUUCCUGACACUAUGAAUGCUAUUUGGAUGCCUCUUAAGUCUGUUCUCAGGGGAGGCAGUAAGAGGCUGUGGAGCUGGCCUCGGCCUCGGCCUCGGCACCGGCACCGGCAUCGGGAGAGGCUGGACUUCCUGUCUCUCUGUGCUGAAUGGCUGCGAUGGCGCCCGCUCUCACCGAUGCAGCAGCUGAAGCACAUCACAUCCGGUUCAAACUGGCUCCCCCAUCCUCCACCUUGUCCCCCGGCAGUGCCGAAAAUAACGGCAACGCCAAUAUUCUUAUUGCUGCCAACGGAACCAAAAGAAAAGCCAUUGCUGCAGAGGAUCCUAGUCUAGACUUCCGAAGUAAUUCUACCAAGGAAGACUUGGGAAAGCUGCAACCACUGGUGGCAUCUUACCUCUGCUCUGAUGUAACAUCUGUUCCUUCAAAAGAGUCUUUGAAAUUGCAAGGGGUCUUCAGCAAGCAGACAGUCCUUAAAUCUCAUUCUCUGUUAUCUCAAUCCUAUGAACUCCGAGCUGAGCUGUUGGGGAGACAGCCAGUUUUGGAGUUUUCCUUAGAAAAUCUUAGAACCAUGAAUACAAGUGGUCAGACAGCUCUGCCACAAGCUCCUGUAAAUGGGUUGGCUAAGAAAUUGACUAAAAGCUCAACACAUUCUGAUCAUGACAAUUCCAGUUCCCUCAAUGGGGGAAAACGGGCUCUCACUUCAUCUGCUCUUCAGGGAGGUGAAGUGGCGGUAACUGACUCUGGGGACAUAAAGGGGGGUAUGACCAAUUGCACUCUUCCACACAGAAGCCUUGAUGUAGAACACACAACUCUAUAUAGCAAUAAUAGCACUGCAAACAAAUCUUCUGUCAAUUCCAUGGAACAGCCAGCACUUCAAGGAAGCAGUAGGUUAUCACCUGGUACAGACUCCAUCUCUAACUUGGGGGAUGUCAAGUUAGAGGGCAAAAAAUCUCCCCUGUCUUCCAUUCUUUUCAGUGCUUUAGAUUCUGAUACAAGGAUAACAGCUUUAUUGAGGCGUCAGGCUGAUAUUGAGAGCCGUGCCCGUAGGUUACAGAAGCGCUUACAGGUUGUACAAGCCAAGCAAGUGGAGAGGCAUUUGCAGCAUCAGCUGGGUGGAUUUUUAGAGAAAACUUUGAGCAAAUUGCCAAAUUUGGAAUCCUUGAGAUCCCGGAGCCAGUUGAUGCUGACCCGAAAGGCUGAAGCUGCCUUGAGAAAAGCUGCCAGUGAAACUACCACUUCAGAGGGACUUAGCAACUUCUUGAAAAGCGAUUCAAUUUCAGAAGAAUUGGAGAGAUUUACAGCUAGUGGCAUAGCCAACUUGCGGUGCAGUGAACAAGCAUUUGAUUCAGACAUCACUGACAGUAGUUCAGGAGGGGAGUCUGAUAUUGAAGAGGAAGAAUUGACCAGAGCUGAUCCUGAGCAAUGCCAUGUAUCCCUGAGACGCAGGUCAGAAUGGAGAUGGGCUGCAGACCGAGCAGCUAUUGUGAGCCGCUGGAACUGGCUUCAAGCUCAUGUUUCUGACUUGGAAUAUCGAAUUCGUCAGCAAACCGAUAUUUACAAACAGAUUCGUGCUAAUAAGGGGUUGAUAGUUCUUGGGGAGGCACCUCCACCAGAACAUACAGCAGACUUACUGCUUCCACUUAGUUCUGAGGUGAAGACAGAUCAUGGGACUGAUAAAUUGAUUGAAUCUGUUUCUCAGCCACUGGAAAACCAUGGUGCCCCUGUUGGUCCUAUUUCAGAGUCAUUAUCUACCAAAUCAUGUGGAGCACUGAGACCUGUCAAUGGAGUUAUUAACACUCUUCAGCCUGUCUUGGCAGACCAUAUUCCAGGUGACAGCUCAGAUGCUGAGGAACAAUUACAUAAAAAGCAACGACUGAAUCUAGUUUCUUCAUCAUCUGAUGGUACCUGUGUGGCAGCCCGGACACGUCCUGUACUGAGCUGUAAGAAGCGGAGGCUUGUUCGACCCAAUAGCAUUGUCCCUCUUUCUAAGAAGGUUCACCGGAACAGCACAAUCCGCUCUGGCUGUGAUGUGAAUCCCUCCUGUGCACUGUGUGGUUCAGGCAGUGUCAGCACCAUGCUUCCUGAAAUCCACUACGAAGCCCCUCUGUUGGAACGCCUUUCCCAGUUGGACUCUUGUGUUCACCCUGUGCUAGCAUUUCCAGAUGAUGUUCCCUCGAGCCUGCACUUCCAGAGCAUGCUAAAGUCUCAAUGGCAGAACAAGCCUUUUGACAAAAUCAAACCUCCCAAAAAGUUCUCACUUAAGCACAGAGCACCCAUGCCAGGCAGUCUGCCGGAUCCAACUCGUAAAGACAGGCACAAGUUGGUCAACUCCUUCCUGACAACAGCCAAGCUGUCCCAUCACCAAACCCGGCCUGACAGGACCCACAGGCAGCACUUAGACGAUGUGGGGGCUGUGCCCAUGGUGGAGCGAGUGACAGCGCCAAAAGCAGAGCGCUUGCUCAACCCACCGCCACCCAUGCAUGACCCAAACCACAGCAAAAUGAGAUUGCGAGACCAUUCAUCUGAGAGAAGUGAAGUGUUGAAGCAUCACACAGAUGUGAACAGUUCAAGCUACUUGGCUGCUGCCCACCAUCCACCACACAGUCCCUUGGUGCGACAGCUUUCCACCUCGUCAGACAGCUCCGCACCCACCAGCUCUGGCUCACAGGUUACAGCCAGUGCUUCUCAGCCAGUAAGGAGGAGAAGGGGAGAGAGCUCGUUUGACAUUAAUAACAUUGUCAUCCCAAUGUCUGUUGCUGCAACAACUCGAGUAGAGAAACUACAAUACAAGGAAAUCCUUACUCCCAGCUGGCGGGAGGUUGAUCUUCAGUCUCUGAAGGGGAGUCCUGAUGAGGAGAAUGAGGAGAUCGAGGACCUAUCUGAUGCAGCCUUCGCCGCCCUGCAUGCCAAAUGUGAGGAGAUGGAGAGGGCACGGUGGCUGUGGACCACGAGUAUGCCACCCCAGCGGCGGGGCAGCAGGUCUUACAGGUCAUCAGACGGCCGGACCACCCCACAGUUGGGCAGUGCCAACCCCUCCACUCCACAGCCCGCCUCCCCUGAUGUCAGUAGUAGCCAUUCUCUGUCAGAGUUAUCCCACGGUCAGUCUCCUAGGAGCCCCAUUAGCCCAGAACUGCACUCGGCACCUCUCACCCCUAUGGCUCGGGACACUCUGCGACACUUAGCCAGCGAAGACACCCGUUGUUCCACACCAGAGCUGGGAUUGGAUGAACAGUCUGUCCAGCCAUGGGAGCGACGAACCUUCCCCCUGCCAUACAGUCCCCAGGCAGAGUGUGAGGACCAGCUGGAUGCACAGGAACGGGCAGCCCGCUGCACUCGCCGCACCUCAGGCAGCAAGACUGGUCGGGAAUUAGAGGUGGCACCCACCUCGCCUCCCAUUGUCCCCCUCAAGAGUCGGCAUCUGGCAGCAACGGUCACAGCUCAGCGCCCAACUCACAGAUGAGCUGGAGAUGAGAAUCUAAACAGACUCACUAACUAUUGGCAUUAAAGCUUCAGAAAUCUCUGCGUUUGAUAUUCAAACAUCAUAUGCCGGAAAUUUUCACAGUUUUUAGUGAAUUUAAGGAAUUUAGAUCCUCCUUUGGUAUUUUUUUUUUUCCUCAUUUUGAUUUUUGUUUUGUUUCUGUUUCCAUGUUUUCUUGUCACCCACCUGAGCACUUCCUCUAGUUGGCAGACAAGUUCAGGAUAAGACCCUGCUGGCCUGGUCCUGGUACAUCCUCUGCGCUGUUGAAUCACUGGACUUAGCAAUGUUAGAUGAUCACCCCUCUCCUUCAUACCUGUGGGCAGGGUAGAAAAGCCAAAGGGCAGAGGGGAUGGAAAGCUCCAGUUCAGCAUGGCCUUUUGGUUUAGGAUGGGACAGAACAAGGGCACUCUGGGCUCUUACUCCCCUUCCCUCCCAUCUGUGGCUUGGCUAAGCUCUAGUGUUUCUGGCUGGGUCCCCCUACCCCCGCUUUGGUUUUCUGUGCUGGAGAACCCCAUCAGAGCCUCUUUGCCAUAAUUGCCAGCUGUUCUCACUGAGCUCUCAGCCAGCAGGAUGGCUCCCCCUUGUCACCCAGGUCUUCAAGACCUGUUUUCAGUUUCAUCUGCAUUUGGUCAUCUCUUUCUUGACUCCUUAACUGCAGUAACCUGGCUGCGGCUGCUCAGGUUCCCCCAUCCUGCCCCUUCCUGCCCUUCCUCGUCUGCUCCCCAUGCCAUGCACACACCCACACACAUCAGUCCUCCCAUGUUGGCCUGGUCUGUGAAGGUAGGGUCUCCUUAACCUCAUCCCCACUCCCCUACAAACUAGGAGAUUGGGGAUGCGAGCAGCCAUCUCCCCUGUAUAAUUUUGCUUUCACUGACUGGUUCACUUUGUCAUGUUUCCUUCACCUCUAUUUCCCUGUCAGUGUCAAUUAGACUCUUCCUCUUUCACGCUCCCCUUGCCUGUGGAACAUUGUCUGGACCUUGCUGUGGUUUUCAUCACUCCCCAUCACCCUCCUUUGUUAACCUUGUGCUUGUCUCAUGUGUAAUCACAUCACCAAAAAGGGGGCGGGGGGAAGGACUUUUUUUUUCUGCCAUUUUGUAAUCGUAUAAAAAUUAUAGGCAAAACUGCUUAAUGGUUGGGGUUUUUUCACAAUUUUCAACAUUAGUGAUUUUUUUUUUUUCUGUUUGCAAGUUAAAGGGUUUGUCAUUGUUUCUUUAAACAACAAUAAUGCACCAUAUCCCUAUGCAUAAAGUGCUUCUUCUAUUUAUAAGGUUGAAAAUUCUGAAUAACCCUUUUAGCAUUGUAAAAAAAAAAAGAAAAGAAAAAAAGAAAAAAAAAACAAAAAUUAAAAAAAAAACUUGUAUUUUGUAAAUAUUUUCUUUUCCUGCUUUGAGCUGUGUAAUGGCAGCGAAACAUGUAGCUGUCUUUGUUCUAUAGAAAUGCUUUUCUUCAGAGAAGCUGAUCUUUGUUAAUGUCUUGAUUCUGUUCGCAAAGCACAGACUAGUGCUUAAAAAAAAGGAAGGAAAAAUGAAAAAAAUAAUAAAAAAAAAAGAGUUACAGAA